GUAUAUAUAAUGACAAAAGUUCUUAUAUUACGAAACUAUUUCGUUGUUUGUCACCACGUGUCCACAAUCAAAUAUAUAUUUAUAUGAAUCAAUUUGUCUAAAAAUACCUGAACGAGUAGUGAAAUAACGGUAUAUCAUUAAGGGCAUCGAGAACAUAUAAAAAUGGAUUUUUCUCAAUAUCGAAAAAUUCUAAUUUAUAUUUUGACUUUUUUGGCUUAUGCGUGGUCAGGUUAUGGAGCUGGUUUAUUAUCGAAUUUAAAGGAUGCUGUAUUAGCAGCAGAAACGGUAUUUCAAGAUUUAUUCCAAAAUGCGAUUACUGUUGCUAGAAAAAUCAGGGAUAUCCAUGAAGUAUUUGAUGCAGCAGUGGAAGAAAAUUGUAUUUUUCAAUGUCCAGGAGGUAUAACACCGAAACCAGAUUGGAAUCAUAAACCGCAAAGUAACGGAUGUGGUUCUCUAGGAAUCGAAAUAAACCAAGAGUAUCUACCGCUUAUAGAAAUGACGAAAUGUUGUGAUGCGCAUGACAUUUGUUACGAUUCUUGUAAUUCGGAUAAGGAAAAAUGUGAUUUGGAAUUUAAAAGAUGUCUAUAUAAAUAUUGCGAUGGAUAUCAAUCGUCUGCAAUAAUAAAUACAUGCAAAGCUGCAGCAAAAAUGCUUUUCACCGGUACAACUGCUUUGGGAUGCAAAAGUUAUAUAGAUGCGCAAAAAGAAGCUUGCUAUUGUGGAGAGAGAUGGAAUAAGAAUAAGAAACCGAAAAAAGCUGCUCAAGCAGGUGGAGAAUUGUGAAAAAAUGGCGUAAUAUGCCAAUUAAAUGAAACGUAUUAUACGUUUCGUUUAUGAAUCUUUAGUAAAAUAAUUAUACAAUUUUGUAUUUAUUUUUAUAUUACGUACGUGACAUUACUUUAAACAUUAAUUUAUCGAAAA